AUGGAGGGGAGAGGAAAGGGCACUGCAGAUCUGUGCGGACUGCAGAAAUGGUGCAACGCUGUAGCAGCAGAAGGGCAACUAGAAGAAACUGCUCUUGAAGAGAAGUUUGUGGUUUGCUGGGCUAAAAUCUUCCUCCAAAGAGAUGCUCUUUAUGUAUUUCUUGUCCUUUUUCUGUCAGAAGGUGAUGCAAGCGGCCUUGCAGUGAAGCGUCGCCUUGCAGGAAGGCAGGGGAGGAGCACCAAGUGUGGCACAGCACUGAAGAGAGGGAGAGGUGCUGGGCCAAAUGGCAGGAUCUACCUGAAAGCUCCUCUCCAGGCUGGGAGGCUUCCUGGAACAGCAGGUCCCAGCACAGGGGGAAGACCUUUCCCUGCAGUCGACUGCCGCUCCUUCUCCAAGACCGUGGCUGCAAGAAAGCACAAGGGAGUGGACGAAGAGGAGCAAAAAGCAGAGUGGUGGUCUGCCAAGAAACAAGUGAAGGUGGAGUGCCAUGGGGCAAAAGUUCAGAGCCCAUAUCAGAGCAGAGGCGGUGUGCCAGCUCCAGCAGCACACCCUGGGCCUGCCCCAGUGCGGACUGAACGGUUCCAGACCUCAAAGCUAAGAGCAAGACGACAGCAACAACAAAAAGAGAGGAGAGUGGAAAUGAAGAAGGCUGCUCUGAGAGCUGCCACUGCACGUGCAGAGUCCUCUGCAGUGAGCAGCCUUGUAGAGAUGAUGGAGAAGCUGCAACUGAAGGACUGAGUGGAAGAACAUCAGAAGGCAGUGGCUUUGUGGCAGCAGCCCAACUUGGCACUCUGAGUCUGGUUGCAGUCCAUCAAUAAACAAUUGGAGUUUUGGAUUCACAAAGAGCACACGGCCUGAUGUGUCCAGCAGCACUCAGU